UGGGACCUCGUCUUCUUUUCUUUCUCACCGUUUCUUUCUCUUUUUUGCUCACAAUUUAACUCUUCCAUCUCAUGCCAUUUGGCAUUCACACCACUAGGAAUAAUCAAAUAUGCACUACCAUCAUCACUGAGCAUGCUGAGAGCUUGUUUCAUGUAUUGUUCAAUUCAAGCUUACCAGUUUACGCUACAAUGACAUUGCAAUUACAGAAAGUGCUGCAUGCAAUGCUCCAAGCUGAUUAACAAGUCUUCACCAAUCACCAAGAUUGAUAAUACACUGCCCAUUUCUCAUCUCUAAGAUUGGAGGUUUUGAAUUCAGAGAUGGAUCCAGAAAGAUCAAUGGAGGACCAAUUCUCCAAGCUACAUCCUUCCUUGCCAGUAAGCACCAGAAUUGGAAUAGUGGGUGCUGGUCCAAGUGGCUUAUCAGCUGCUUAUGCACUGGCCAGGCUUGGUUAUAAUAAUAUCACCGUCUUGGAGAAACACCAUACAGUUGGUGGCAUGUGUGAAUCGGUUGACUUUGAAGGAAAAGUUUAUGAUCUGGGUGGACAAGUUCUGGCAGCAAGCAGUGCUCCAGUUAUCUUUCACUUGGCAAAAGAGACAGGGUCAGCACUAGAAGAAAUGGACUCACACAAGCUUGCUGUUAUUGACUGUUCCUCAGGACAAUAUCAAGAUAUUAAAGUUGCUGAUGAUUAUGUGUCUGUUAUGUCACUCACCUUGAACAUCCAAGAAAAGGUGAAGAAUUCUGGUCAUUUUGGGGUCCAUGCUGUCAGUGAAAUUGCUUCAGACUUAACUCCAGUGUAUCUUCAACAUCAUGGACUCAAAUCCAUUCCUAAAUCUGUGGCUUAUGGUUACACAGCUUCAGGAUAUGGGUUUACUCAAGAUAUGCCUUAUGCCUACAUUCAUGAAUUUACCAGAACAUCCAUGGCAGGGAAAAUUCGACGAUUCAAAGGUGGAUAUACAAGUCUUUGGCAGAGGAUUGUUGAAUCACUUCCUGUGAAACUUCACUGUAACGCUGAAGUGUCGGCCAUCAGAAGGAGUUCCGACAGUGUCACUGUUAAUGUCAAGAGCUCAAAUGAAGUUGAGUCUAUGGAGUUUGAUAAGAUCAUAAUCUCUGGUAACUUUCCACUAAAAUAUGGAAGAACUUACAGAUCAGUGCCUUCAACUUGUAUAGAAUCUGAAGCAGAAGUAAUGGAUGCAAGUGACCUUGAGAAGGAAUUGUUUAGCAAAGUAGAGACAAAUGACUACUACACCACUGUUUUCAAGAUCAAAGGGCUGGAACACAUGCCAGUUGGAUUUUAUUAUUUCAGUGAAUAUAUGGAAGAUCCCAGCACAAUUGGAAAUCCAGUUGCCAUGCAAAAGUUUUAUGCUGACACUGAUGUAUUCCUGUUCUGGUCCUAUGGCAACUCUGUUGAUAUUAAGGGUCCAACAGUCACUGAGCUUGCAAUCAAGGCAAUAGAAGCCAUUGGGGGAGAAGUUGAGAGUUUCAUUCUUCAACGUCGCUUUAAGUAUUUUCCUCACGUUAGCAGCCAAGACAUGAAAAAUGGAUUCUAUGGAAAGUUGGAAUCAGAGCUUCAAGGUUCAAGGAAUACUUAUUAUGUCGGUGGGCUUAUGGCAUUUGAGCUCACAGAGAGAAAUUCAUCUUAUGCCAUGGCUAUGGUCUGCAAGAACUUUGCAAAUAGCAGUGAUUUGCCAGUGUUUCCUUAUACCAAGAGUUUGUUCCCUUUGCAAACCGAGUUCCAGAAAAAGGAGCCUCCAGAACUUCAUGAAUUGCCUGGAGUGAAAUUUCCCAAUUUGCCUACUUUGAAUAGCUAUUUAAAACAUUGGGGAACUCAUCCAGUCACUGAAAAUAGAACUCUUUAUUCAUGGAUAAAUGAAGAAGGGACAGUAACAGGCAAGAGGACAUAUAGAGAACAACACUUAAAUGCUUCUUGCAUUGCACAUAAGCUCUUAUCAAGCCAAAAGCCAAUGAUCAAGCCUGGUGACAGGGUCCUCCUUGUCUAUGUUCCUGGUCUGGAUUUCAUUGAUGCUUUCUUUGGAUGCCUAAGAGCUAAAGUUCUACCAGUCCCAGUUAUUCCCCCAGAUCCCAUGCAAAGAGGUGGACAAGCACUUCAGAAAAUUGAGAAUAUUGCCAAGUCAUGUGGCAUAGUGGCAAUUUUAUCAACAGUAGCUUACCACUCAGCAGUUCGCGUGGGUUUAGUGAAAACUUUUAUGUCACUGACUGGGAAAAAUGGAAAAUCCUCAGCUAGAUGGCCAAAUCUUCCAUGGCUGCACACUGAUUCUUGGGUCAAUAGCUCAAAAUGUUCUGAUAUGGAAGGUCUAGAUGAUCAAUGUGAAUCGAAGCCUGCUGACAUAAGUUUCUUACAAUUUACCUCAGGCUCAACCGGUGAUGCUAAAGGAGUCAUGAUUACCCAUGGAGGGCUUAUUCACAAUGUGAAGCUGAUGAGAAGUAGAUACAAGAGCACCUCAAGGACAGUGCUAGUGAGCUGGCUUCCUCAGUAUCAUGACAUGGGGCUGAUUGGAGGACUUUUCACAGCUCUUGUUAGUGGUGGAACUGCAUUCUUGUUUUCACCAAUGACAUUUAUCAAGAAACCACUCUUGUGGCUUGAAAUCAUCAGCAAAUAUCAAGCAACUCAUAGUGCUGGCCCUAACUUUGCUUUUGAGUUGGUGGUUAGAAGGUUAGAGUCUGAAAAGGAUAAGCUUCAGAGUUUUGACCUUUCUUCCAUGGUUUUUAUCAUGGUUGCUGCUGAACCAGUGAGACAGAAGACCCUGAAAAGGUUUCUUGAUCUAACCAGACCUUUUGGGUUUUCUGAAAAAGUGAUGGCUCCUGGAUAUGGCUUAGCAGAAAAUUGUGUGUUUGUCAGUUGUGCAUUUGGAGAAGGCAAUCCUAUUCUCGUUGAUUGGCAGGGAAGAGUUUGUUGUGGAUAUAUUCACCCGGGUGACGCAGAUAUUGACAUCAGAAUAGCUGAUCCAGAGCUCGGUGAAGAGCUUCAGGAAGAUGGAAAGGAAGGAGAAAUUUGGAUCAGUAGUCCAAGUGCAGGAAUAGGAUACUGGGGAAAGGAAGAACUGAGUCAGAAAACAUUCAAGAAUGAGCUCAAGAACCACCCCGGACGUAUCUACACAAGAACUGGAGACUUGGGAAGAAUCAUAGAUGGAAAGCUAUUCAUCACUGGAAGGAUCAAGGAUCUUAUCAUCGUUGCUGGAAGAAACAUCUACUCCUCAGAUGUUGAAAAGACGGUGGAGAGUUCAUCUGAAUUUAUUCGUCCUGGAUGCUGUGCUGUAAUUGGAGUCUCUGAAGAAAUCUUAUCAGCAAAGGGGGUUCCUUUGCCAGAUGGCUCUGACCAGGUUGGUUUGGUUGUGAUUGCAGAACUGAGGGAUGGUAAACCGGUUAACAAAGAUGUGAUUGAGCAUAUUCAGACUCGUGUGGUAGAAGAACAUGGAGUCAGUAUUGCUUCUGUCAAGCUGAUCAAGCCUAGAACAAUCAGCAAAACUACCUCAGGCAAAAUCAAAAGAUUUGAAUGUCUCAAACAGUUCGCAGAUGGAACACUAAACUUGGUAUCACAGCCUACUUUGUCAAAAAAAACACUGGUAAGGUCAUAUACUACAGGAACAUGUACAGAAGGAAGAACACCAAGGGCUCAGCUAGUGAGAAGUACAACACUUCUACCUAGUCCGUGUAUCGGUAACAAGGAAAUUGUGGAGUUCUUGAAAAGGCUUAUUUCUGAACAGGCUGGAAUCUCUAUCAGCAACAUCUCAGUCACGGACAACAUGUCAACCUAUGGAAUGGAUUCAAUUGGUGUGGUCAAAGCAACUCAAAAACUCUCAGAUUUCCUAGGAGUGCCAGUUGCUGCUAUAGAUGUUUUCACCGCAUCCAGCAUUCAAGAACUAGCAAACUUCUCAGAGAAUCUUCUAUUGAAGUCUCAACCUCAACUUAUGAGCAAUCCAUCCCAUGUUGAAGAAGCUGAAACUGAUUCUACUGAAUUUGUUGUUGAUGUGACCAAGUCUCGCCAAUGGGGUAUCCAUUUUCUUCAACUCCUAGCACUCAUUUACAUUUCCAUCAUGCUGGUCUCACCUGCUUAUCUGUCCAUCACUGCUUUUGUAAGCUUCAUUACAAAUGUUAGUCAACCAGUAUAUGGGUUCCCCUGGUUAAAUUAUCUGAUUUCACUGACUUUGGCACCCUUUUCUUGGAUCCUUUGCAUUGCUUCUACUUGCGUUUGCAUUUCAUUUUUUGGUAAUACUUUCUUGAGGCCAAACUAUGCCCUUACCCCUGAAAUAUCCAUAUAUUCAAUGGAUUUUGUCAAGUGGUGGGCGCUUUAUAAAACCCAGGAAAUCUCCUCAAAAGUUCUGGCAACACACCUCAAAGGAACAGUGUUUCUGAAAUACUGGUUUGAGAUGCUUGGAGCAAGAAUUGGAUCAUCAGUUUUGCUUGACACAGUUGACAUCACCGACCCGUCUCUGGUUUCAAUUGGAGAUGAAGUUGUCAUUGCCGAAGGAGCUUUGGUUCAAAGCCAUGAGGUGAAGAAUGGACUUCUAAGUUUCCUUCCAAUUAGGAUCGGCAAAAAUUCUUCAAUUGGACCUUAUGCUGUUAUUCAAAAAGGAAGUGUUAUUAGAGAAGGAGCUGAGGUACAACCCCUGCAAAAGGUUGAAGGAGGCCAACAUGUGCUCAAACCUGCCAAGCUUAAUAAUGUUAAAGAGAAUACAGGGCUUCCUGUUACUACCAGCAAAACUCAGUCUGAUGCCAUGUACCACUUUUUGGGGAUCUACCUUGUUGGCUUUCUCAGCUCCCUUGCUGCAGCUAUUGCUUACUUCCUAUAUAUAAGAUUCUUCCAGAAACCUGCAUCAUUCCAACAAUUUUCAUUUGUUUGCAUAUGUGGGACUUUCCACUGGAUCCCAUUUACCAUAAUUGCCUAUGCAACCAUGUUUUCUAAUAUAACAUCAAAUCCCAUUGCCUUCACCAUUUUAUUUACCUGCGCAUACUUGCUUCAUGGUCUCAUACUCAUCUCUCUCACCUGUGCCUUGACUCGUUUGCUCAAACUUGGUCAAAAGCAAACCCACUUUAAAACCUGGCUUCGAAAUCAAUUAACCCUUUCCUGCCACCUUAGAUUUGCAAAGCUUCUCUCAGGAACAGAAGCCUUCUGCAUAUAUCUACGCCUUUUGGGUGCAAAAAUUGCCGCAUAA